ACCACUAGAUCUUUGCAAGUGCCACCCAAACCAAAAACUGUUCCUUUGGGUGAAAAAAAAAUUGAACCCCUCCUCUUACAACCCCAAAGUUUUCAUUUUUAAUAUUUGGGGUUAGUGACUUAGUGGAGUGUGCACUGUGCCAGCUAGCUAGCUACUCAGCUGCCUCAUCAACCUGCAACAUACAUCAAUGGCGACAGAAGAGGAUACUAAACUUCCUCCAUACCCUGAGAUGAUAAUGAAAGCAAUUGAAGCUACGGGGGACAGCAAUGGCGCAAGCAAAUCAGCCAUAUCAAACUACAUAGAGUCCACCUAUGGGGAGCUGCCAGCAGGGCACACAGAAUUACUCUCCCAACACCUCAACAACAUGAAGGAGAGUGGCGACCUCACGUUCUUGAAGAACAACUACAUGAAGCCUGACCCUAAUGCUGCACCAAAGAGGGGCCGUGGCAGGCCUCCAAAGCCCAAGGCCCCUCUCCCUCCGGGGACAGUCCUGUCCUCACCAAGGCCCCGGGGACGUCCCCCCAAGGACCCUAAUGCCCCACCUACUGCAAAAGUGUCAAGUGGCAGGCCUCGAGGCCGGCCCAAGAAGGUUCCUAGGACCACAGACGAGCCUUUGUCAUCGACGUCACCUUAUGCUUCCUCCACUGGAAGGCCAAGGGGCAGGCCUCCUAAGAUGAAGCCUCACAUGGCAGAAGUGAGUGUUGAAUAAUGAGAAAUAUUGUGUGCAUUUGUUUUGUUGAGUAUGUCAAACUAAACAUACAUUUGGUUACUUUUAAAUGAGGUAUGGAUGGAUUCUAUCAUCCUAUUUGAGAGUGACCAAGUGUAUAACAUCAAAUAAGUACGAGGAAUAUCACAGCGAUGUAGGACAACUUUAAUUUCCUCUUUAGUAGUAGAUGUGGACUUAAUUAUUAGAUUUGUGUUUAAUUUGCAAUGCUGUUUUGUAAAAUUUGUGUAGUGAGUGAUUAGCUUUUGAAUGACGCUUUCGUUCUUGGUCUCAGAUUGUUAGCCAAUGAGGACAAUGACUAGAACUUGUUAAGCUUUCGUUCC